GCUCGUCCUCGGCCCAUGAACACACCCCUCACUACAAGGCGCACCACGACAGCCACAAACAAGGGGGAUAAAACUCUCCUGGUGCUUGAUCGAACACCUCGGCCUCAAACCCACACACCGACCGGAGGAGGCAAGCAAGCCGAAGCCGCCGAGGCGAUGGCGCUCUCUCUCAACACCCCCUUCCUCCCCACCGUCUCCAUGAAGCCCUCCUCCGCCAAGCUCCCACUUCCCGCCCAGGUUGGCGGAGGGAGAUGGGUGUGCCGGAAGCAGGGCGGGGUGCACCCGGAGUUCUACGAGGACGCGAAGGUGUACUGCAACGGGGAACUGGUGAUGACGACGGGGGGCACGCGGAAGGAGUACGCGGUGGACGUGUGGUCCGGGAACCACCCCUUCUACCUGGGUAGCCGCUCCGCCCUGGCGGUGGAGGACGACCAGGUGGAGAAGUUCCGCAAGAAGUACGGCGAGCUCUCCUCCCUCAUGGAGAUCCCCGUCCUCAAGCACGGCGAGAUCGUCCUCCCUCAGAGGAAGAAGGGCUCUGCCAAGGGCAAGGGCAAGAAGUAGUAAUCCCUAUCGACCCAGUUGUUGUCUCUUCUUCUUGUUCUUUAUGCUGGUUUGGCUUAAUUAGAAUGGCUUGUCGACAUCUCUCGACGGACAUAUGCCUGAAUGCUAAUAUCUCUUGAUGGCUGUUUGGUUCACAAAGGUGGAACUUCUUUCGA